AUGGCACCCCCAAGAGGACGAGGUGGCAGUGGUGGUGGGUUCAGGGGAGGCAGAGGUGAUGGAGGAGGCAGAGGUUUUGGUGGAGGAAGAGGAGGAGGCAGAGGUUUUGGUGGAGGAAGAGGAGGUGGCGGUGCAAGAGGUGCCCGAGGUGGUGGUGGAGGGAGAGGUCGUGGUGGGGGUGGAAGAGGCCGUGGUGGUGGAGGGAUGAAGGGUGGCAGCAAGGUUGUGGUUGAGGCUCAUAGACAUGAAGGAGUGUUCAUUGCUAAGGGUAAAGAAGAUGCUCUUGUUACUAAGAAUAUGGUCCCUGGAGAGACUGUCUACAAUGAAAAGAAAAUCUCUGUUCAGAAUGAAGAUGGAACUAAAGUCGAGUACAGGGUUUGGAACCCCUUCCGGUCAAAAUUGGCAGCUGCCAUCCUUGGUGGUGUUGAUGAUGUUUGGAUUAAACCUGGUGCUAAAGUUCUUUACCUCGGAGCUGCUUCUGGCACUACUGUUUCCCACGUGUCUGAUAUUGUUGGCCCUAAUGGAGUGGUAUAUGCAGUGGAAUUUUCACACAGAAGUGGCAGAGACUUGGUUAACAUGGCAAAGAAACGGACCAAUAUUAUUCCCAUCAUCGAAGAUGCCAGACAUCCUGCCAAGUACCGCAUGCUAGUUGGCAUGGUGGAUGUAAUCUUUUCUGAUGUUGCUCAGCCUGAUCAGGCAAGGAUUUUAGCACUCAAUGCUUCAUAUUUUCUGAAAGCUGGCGGUCAUUUUGUUAUUUCAAUAAAGGCAAAUUGCAUUGACUCCACUGUCCCUGCUGAGGCUGUAUUCGAUAGUGAAGUGAAAAAGAUGGUGCUAGAUCAGUUGAAGCCUUCUGAGCAGGUCACCCUCGAGCCAUUUGAGCGAGACCAUGCUUGCGUGGUUGGUGGCUACCGCAUGCCAAAGAAACAGAAAGUUGCUGCUUAG